AUGAUUAAUAUUGAAGAAGAAAAUCCUGAAAACCAAUAUGCAACUAUCCAACAAAUGUUAGAAGUAGUUGAAGAUAGUUCUAGUGAUGAUAAUCACUCAGAUGAAUCUGCAAGUGAAAAAGAAUUUUAA